GAUACAAUUUUAGAAUCGCAAAUAUCCCAGCAUCAUGGUCGUGUUGUUAACGUCUAUACAAAUAACAUGAUUUAGUUAUAAUGAAACUUUUUUAUAUUCUAAAAACAAAAAAAAUUUUUAGGCCUUCAAAGAAAUGAAUGCUUUGAAUGCACGACGUUGAUGUUUAACUUUAAUAAAAAUGUAGAUUAUGUAUUAAAACGCAAGAAGACACGGGGCAUUUAAAUAUGAGACUUGUUAAAGAAAUUGAAUGUUAUGCUUCGAAAAGUCCCCAAAAACCAAUUAAUUUAAAAGCACUAAUUUUUUAAAAACCAUUCAUAAAUGUAAAAUCUUUUUCAUUUAAUGUAAGGACAAAAGAUCAAUUGUCAGCCAAAACGAUAUAGAAAAUAAAGAUAGUCUGUUUAUGGAAGAUGAUGGAGAGAAGUCGUUACGCAGACAAAAAAAGUUUUUGAUGUAGUUUAUUAUGACAAUGGAUUUAAGAAAAUUUCGUUUUGCUUUUUUAAAUAACAUAUUACUUGAUCUGUAGGCAGACUUGUCAACAUGUCAUUUGCAAUAUGUUAAAGGAAUAUUGGUAAAUAAAAAUAAAUGGACUCUCGAUGAAUAACUACAAUUUUCAAAUUGGUUUCUUUACCAUUGCCUUUUUUCUAAGGAAUUACUAGUUUAACCAAUUGGUUAAAUACUAUCUUGUUCCCUUAAGAAAAAAUUUUUGUAAAAUUGAAGUGUUCUUUUAAUGAAUUGAAGCUUUUGUGAGUAGACAAAAAAAUGUUACUGAACAAAUUUAGUAACCUUAAUAAGCAAUCUAAAGAAAAUUUUCAUGAGUUGAGAACAUCGAGAAAGAAUACUCAGGUUUUGGGCGAAUUACACAAUGAGCUGCCUGAAAAAUUUAACGCUAAUACUUGUGCGAACCGAGUUUACGUGAAGAAAAGUGACAAGGAUCCAACGCAAGUCCCUAUCAGCAGAAUUUCUGAAUAUUUACCAGUGUGGCAAAAAAAGUCUGAAAUUAUUCAAUCCAUUCAAAAUAAUAGAGUAACGAUGAUUGUAGGUGAAACGGGUUCUGGUAAAACGACACAGCUUCCCCAAAUGCUUUUAGAACAUUUUUGUCAAAGUAAAACCAUGUUGGGUUCAUCCUACACCCGUUCAACUAUCGCAAUAACCCAACCACGGCGUAUAGCCGCUAUAAGUUUAGCUAAUCGAGUUUCGCACGAACUAAAAACCUAUUCACGUUCUCGUGGUUUCGAUCACAUACUUCAACGGGACCUGAAUGGUGAAUCUAUUGAAGAUGAAAAGACGGAUAUUUUUGAUAUUGGAGGGAUUGUUGGAUAUGCUGUAAGAUUUCAAAGCAAAGUGUCUAAAAAAACACGCAUAAAAUUUGUAACUGAUGGUAUCAUUUUACGAGAAGCCUUAAUUAACCCGCUUCUUAGCCACUAUCGCAUUAUCAUUAUCGACGAAGCUCAUGAACGCUCUGUUCAGACAGAUACUUUUCUUAGUUUUUUAAAACUUUUACUUGAACGUCGUAAAAACCUUCAUAUAGUUAUCAUGUCAGCAACCUUAGACUACCAUUCAUUUACUUCUUUUUUUGGACAAGGAAAUGUUCUAAUGAUUCCUGGUCGUCAGCAUCCAGUGAAAAUUUAUCAAAUGUGUUCUUCGACAAAUGACCCUUUAGAUGUUCUAGUUGAUACCAUUGUUCAAAUUCACGUUAGCCGAGACUCUAAAGGAGAUAUUUUGGCUUUUCUGCCUGGACAGGAAGAGAUUCACGCUGUUUUAUCUCUCCUUCAUGCAAGAAGUGAAAACUUGAAUAAUGCGUUUAGCCAAUUCACCAAAUGGCGCAGUGUGAUAAAAAAGUUCAAGCGUGUAUUUCAAGGUCAAAAGAAAGCAUUAAACGAAUUUUUUUUAAACCCUUGGUAUCUCAAAGAAGAUGUCAUUAUGUCACCGCCAGAUUUCGUGCCAGACAAUCUUCCGAAAUGUGUUUCAAAAUCAUUAAGGAAAUGUUUAUCGUGGUUUAGUAGUGAAGAUUUUAUUGUGCUAUUAAAAUUCCGUUCAGCAUUUCUUCUCUACGCAUCCCAAAAUAAGCUUGGAAACGUUUUCGAUACGUGCACACCACUUGACCUUAUUGAUUCACUUGUGUUAAAACCGUCCUCCUUCAUUGUUGAUGAAACAAAAACGAACGAUUUGGUGACUGAGGUUUUUAAAGAUCAAAUAGAAUCUUUUUCUAUUGAAGGACAAUGUUCAAUGCUAAUUAUACCUCUUUAUGGUUCUUUACCACAUGAAAAACAACAACUGGCUUUUGUUCCUUCUACUGUUGGACAACGCAAAAUCAUCUUGUCAACAAAUAUUGCAGAAACAUCGUUAACGAUUCCUGGUAUAACGUACGUUGUUGACACUGGCCUUUAUAAAAAAAAGGUUUACAAUCCAUUUUUUGGAAUUGAAAUUUUGAAGAUUGAAAAAAUUUCAAGAGCCAUGGCGAAUCAAAGAGCUGGAAGAGCAGGGCGUGAAGCUCCAGGUGAAUGUUUUCGAUUGUAUACUGAAGAUAAUUAUUUUGAGAUGCCCGUCCAUUUAGAUCCACCAAUUAAAAAUUCUGAUUUGACACAAGUAGUUCUCCAGCUUAAGCUACUUGGUGUGACUGAUGUGUGUAAAUUUCCUUUCAUAUCUCCGCCUAGUGAUACCUUAUUAAAGAAAGCUCAGGACUGUUUAAAAAAACUAGGAGGAAUCAAUUCAAGCGGUAUUACAGAAUUGGGAAAACGUUUAUCGGCUUUUCCUUUGAGUCCAGUUUACGCCAAAUUUUUACUUGAUAGUAUCGAAUUGAAGUGCACAGCAGAGGUUUUAACAUUAGUUUCCUUAUUAACGACAGAAAAUAUUUUGUCUUCUUCUUGGAAAUGUUUUAAAGACAAAAUGUGUGUUGAAAAUAACGAGAUUACAACGGAUUUGGACGGUGUACCUUUCAAGCUAGCAAAAAAAAAGGUUACAUCAAUUUAUGGGGACCAUCUAACACUUUUAAAUGCUUAUAUGAUGUGGUCCCAAAUCACUUCUACUUCAAAACGUAUUUCUUUUUGUAAAAUUUUUGGGUUAAAUCAUGCAAAUUUGUGCAAAGCACGAAACAUUCGAAAUCAGUUGAAGGCAAUCUUAUUAGGACCGUCUAUUGGACUGAAUGCCAUUGCAAGUUGUCUUAUAUCAACCCAAUCAAAUUUACAACAUGUUGAAAACGAAGGUCCGGAUUGUAUUCGACGUUGUUUAGUUAAAAGUUUUCCGUCAAAUAUCGCUCGACUUGAGUCUGUUUUAUGUAAUAAUGAAACAUCUUCACAAACAUCAUCUGUUUCAACAAAGUAUUUUAUAGAGGAAUCUCGCAUUCCGGUUUAUAUUCAUCCCUUUUCUUGUCUUUUCAAAAAUGGAAAAAAACCAGAAUAUAUUGUUUUCACUGAUCUUGUGGAAACAACAAAACUAUACGCAAGAAAUGUUACGUCUAUUGAGUCAUGUUGGGUUCAUGAAUACCAUCCUCAACUGAUGGGGAAAAACCAGCUAACUAGUCUUUCUAAAACACCCCAGUCGUUUAAAUUUCAUGACACAUUCUCAAAGGAAAAUUCAGUCGACCUAAAAGAAUCAUUCCGUACCAAGAAAACAAACAAUGCUGCUUCAUUGGAUUUACAUCAUUCGCGUUCUCGUUGGAAAAAAGGUUUAGCAAAAACGAAUGAAAAACGUUUACCCCUACGGCAAAGUGGGGAUAUUUCCUGGUUAAGUCGUGUUUUAAAUUGUCAAAAAUAAAAAAAAAUACCCUACUAUGGUGUCAAAAAUAAA